GAACAUUCUGAUCCGAUGCUGAGGAAACAACAGAGGAGCAGAGGGUUUCAUAGUCGCUCGGAAACGAAUCAGGCAUCUGAGUCAACUCGGACGACUCCCUCUUCAGCACUUAUUGUCUUAACAUGUUCUUUCCUUAACUUUCCCGAUUCCUCCUUCGAUUCUCUCAACAUUGCGGAAGCUCACUCCCCCAUGAAAAUUUUGUGCCUCUCGUGUUUCUUGGAGGCAAUGACGCCGUUGAAUUUGGUUCCAUAAUCAUGGGAGUUUUGUUCUACCAUCUUCGCAUGAUGGCCUCAAUGUAGUAGUCAGCUAGAAUCUGUCCCCAUUCUUGGCAUAGUCCUUCACUCUGGGAGCUUUAGUAACAUUGGAUUCUUACCAUGUGAUUAAUGAUCAUUGGGGAACAAGACAUUGGUCUCAAUUGCCACUAGCACUGGAUUUGGCAAUCCUUUGGGGAGGUAAGAAGCUUUCUUCCACUGCAACCCCUGGUUCCCCUGCAAAAGUCAUCUAAUCACACCCCGAAGUUCAUGUCUCAUAAUUUGGACAGUCCUGUUCAAACCCAGAUGGCUGUGACCUUAUUCAGGAGCCCGCUUGGCAGGGAGUACCAUGAGAACAAGAGCAUGGAUGGGAGGCAACCUACUGGUAGGAGACGUGUUUUUGUGCAAACUGAAUCUGGGUGUGUCCUGGGCAUGGAAUUGGAUCGUAGUGACAAUGUGCAUACUGUGAAGAGGAGGUUGCAGAUUGCCCUUAAUGUACCAACUGAAGAGAGCUCACUAACUUUUGGGGAUAUUGUCUUGAAGAAUGACCUUAGUGCUGUUCGGAAUGACUCUCCCCUUCUUCUCACACGGAAUCUUAUGCACAGAAGCUCAUCCACUCCAUGCCUAUCACCCACUGGACGGGAUAUGCAGCAAAGGGACAAAAGUGGUCCUAUUGAGAUAUUAGGGCAAUCAAAUCGUCUUGAUAGAAUGAAACAUAUGGUCAAGGAUAUUGUGGAGGCCAUGAAGCAGGGUGUCGAUCCAAUUCCUGUUCAUAGUGGCCUUGGAGGUGCAUACUAUUUCCUGAACAGCAGAGGUGAGAGUGUUGCAAUUGUGAAACCAACUGAUGAGGAGCCUUUUGCCCCUAACAACCCAAAAGGUUUUGUUGGUAAAACUCUUGGACAGCCUGGUUUGAAACGAUCAGUUCGGGUAGGGGAGACAGGGUUCCGGGAAGUUGCAGCGUACCUCCUUGACUAUGAUCAUUUUGCAAAUGUGCCUCCAACUGCUUUGGUGAAGAUUACUCACUCAAUCUUCAAUGUCAAUGAUGGAGUCAAUGGGAAGAAUACCCGAAAGAAGAAGUUAGUUAGCAAGAUUGCAUCAUUCCAGCAGUUCAUACAUCAUGACUUUGAUGCGAGUGACCAUGGGACAUCUAGCUUCCCUGUUAGUGCCGUGCAUCGUAUAGGGAUAUUAGACAUCAGGAUUCUUAACACGGAUAGGCACGCUGGUAAUUUGUUAGUUAGAAAACUUGGGGCUUUUGGUCAGGUGGAUUUAGUUCCUAUUGAUCAUGGGCUUUGCCUGCCAGAAGCUUUGGAGGACCCGUAUUUCGAGUGGAUUCAUUGGCCUCAGGCUUCAAUUCCAUUCUCUGAGGAUGAGCUCUCAUACAUUGAAAAUCUGGAUCCUGCUCGAGAUUGUGAAAUGUUAAGAAUGGAAUUGCCCAUGAUCCGAGAGGCUUGUUUGAGAGUCUUGGUACUCUGCACGAUUUUCCUCAAGGAGGCUGCUGCUUAUGGUCUGUGUCUUGCUGAAAUUGGUGAGAUGAUGACUAGGGAGUUCCGCAGUGGUGAGGAGGAACCCAGUGAACUGGAGGUUGUUUGCUUGGAGGUGAGGAAGUUGUUGGUGGAGAGGGGAGAGCCAUUUCCCAGGGUUGAUUUGAGAGAUGAUGAAUUUCAGUUUGACAUAGACUGUGAUGAAGUCGGGUCAGAUUACUUUUCAAAGAUGGCUAUGGAUGAUUCUCUAACCAGAGCACCUUUUCAACUGGGACAUGAAAGUGGGUAUGGUCGCACUCCACUUUCUAAAUUGGAUGAGAGCAUUGAAGAGGGAGAAGAGGAAAGUGAUGGAGAUUAUCCUUGGGAUUUUGUCACUUUUCCCAGGCAGGAAACAAUCCCAACGGUUUCAAAACUUUCUGUGUCACUGAAAAGUACUAUGUUAUGUGAGACAAGCCAGAGACACCAGAAAUAUUCAGGAGGAAAAGCAGAUAGUGGUUAUUUUGGGAAUACAUCAUCUGGUCAUAGGAGUGCCAAUGAGCAGCUUCCUGCUAGCACAAGCUUUGUGAAGCUGGCAGAUAUGACUGAGGAUGAAUGGACAAUGUUUCUGGAGAAGUUUCAAGAACUGCUGUAUCCAGCAUUUUCCAAAAGGAAAUCCAUAACCUUAGGUCAGAGGCAGAGACAGAGGCUUGGUACUUCAUGCCAGUUUUGAAGUUUAGCAAUACUUGGGUACGAUAGCGGGACUAUAGAAUGAAAAAUGUAGGUUUUGUAGGUUGUUAUAUUAAUAUACAUCUGGUUUAUGAGAUUUGGAUGAUGCUGUAGUUGAGAGGGUAGGAAGAUUUGCUGUAAAUAUGCUUGGCAUCAGCUAAGUGGUAGGCGGGAGUAGAAUUGGUUGUAUUUUGAUCUUAUGAUCUCAAUUUUCCUCCUUUGUUUCUGUUCACAAGACUUGUCCGAUAAAUAAUUUCUAGGAUAAAAUGGUGAAAUGGAAACUAUGUAUAUAAUAAUGAAUGCCUUGUCCCCGGUUUGCGUUUAAUUAA